UUUUCCCACCGUAGAGUCGAAAGAGAGGAGAGCGAGGAGACAGACGGAAGAAGUACGGGGUCGUGCGCGAUAGACUAGGCGGAAGAGAGAGAGAGAGCGAGCUAGAGAGAGGGAGGGAGGGGACGGGAGAGGGAGAACGAGGGAAAGAGGAAAGCCGUCCUAGAGGUGGCUGGCGUGACGUCACGAGUUUCCUGAAAGUCAAUAACAAGCUGCGGCGGGCGGCAGAGCGGAGGCAUAGCGGCGGUGCCAGAGGCUAGGAGGAGCUGCAGCCGCUUCCCAUUUAUCAUUACUCUCAUUAUUGCUUCUGCUGCUGCUCUUGUUUUUAUUGUCAUCAAAGACAACGGCGGUGUGAGCACGCACCUCUUUAUUGUUUUUCAUCUUCGUGCCACGUUUAUAUAUACAUCUACGGACAGAGUUGUAUGUAUAUAUAUAUAUGUGUAUAUGUUGUGUGUGUGCGAGGCUUGGCUUUGCAAAAUUGUCAUUCUCGCAUAGGAGAGACAGACACGAGCGUUUACCAGGGAGGCUGCCGAGGGGGGAACCCGCUCGUCUGCCCGUCACUGCCUGUGCAGGCUGAGUCACCACUGGAGAGUGGGAAGGGCCACGGCAAGAGCAAAGAAGAAGAAGAAGAAGAAGAAAAAAAAAAAUUAAGAGAGGAGAGCCUGAAAACCGCAGAGCAGAUUGCCUGCAGAGGAGUGUUUCUCCGAGUCCUGGGCUCAGAGGGGAGCCAACAUGAGCGAUAUUACCAUUGUUAAAGAAGGCUGGGUCCAGAAAAGAGGAGAGUAUAUCAAGAACUGGAGACCACGAUACUUCCUUUUGAAAACGGACGGCUCUUUCAUAGGAUACAAAGAAAAGCCCCAAGAUGCAGAUUUGCCAUAUCCCUUGAAUAACUUUUCAGUGGCAAAAUGCCAGUUAAUGAAAACAGAACGACCAAAGCCAAACACAUUCAUUAUCAGAUGUCUACAGUGGACCACCGUCAUAGAGAGGACCUUUCACGUUGACACUCCUGAAGAGCGGGAGGAGUGGACAGAAGCAAUUCAAGCAGUAGCCGACAGGCUUCAGAGGCAAGAGGAGGAACGCAUGAGUUGUAGUCCCACCUCUCAGAUAGACAAUAUAGGUGAAGAAGAGAUGGACACUUCCACGAGCCACCAUAAAAGAAAGACAAUGAAUGACUUUGACUAUUUAAAACUUCUUGGAAAAGGCACUUUUGGUAAAGUCAUUUUGGUAAGGGAAAAAGCAAGCGGCAAAUACUACGCAAUGAAAAUCCUCAAAAAAGAAGUCAUUAUUGCAAAGGAUGAAGUGGCCCACACGUUAACAGAAAGCAGAGUACUGAAAAACACGAGGCAUCCUUUUUUAACUUCUUUGAAGUAUUCCUUCCAGACAAAAGAUCGCCUGUGCUUUGUAAUGGAGUAUGUAAAUGGUGGCGAGCUGUUUUUCCAUUUGUCGAGAGAGCGGGUGUUCUCGGAGGAUCGCACACGCUUUUAUGGGGCUGAAAUCGUCUCUGCUCUUGACUACCUGCAUUCCGCCAAGAUUGUGUAUCGGGAUCUCAAGCUGGAAAAUUUAAUGCUAGAUAAAGACGGCCACAUCAAAAUAACAGAUUUCGGGCUUUGCAAAGAAGGGAUCACAGAUGCUGCUACCAUGAAGACAUUCUGUGGUACACCAGAAUAUCUCGCCCCAGAGGUACUGGAAGACAACGACUACGGGCGUGCAGUGGAUUGGUGGGGCCUUGGCGUGGUCAUGUAUGAGAUGAUGUGUGGCCGACUGCCUUUCUACAAUCAAGACCACGAGAAACUCUUUGAACUCAUUCUAAUGGAAGACAUCAAAUUCCCUAGGACCUUGUCUUCUGAUGCAAAAUCCUUACUUUCAGGACUGCUUAUAAAAGACCCAAACAAAAGACUUGGUGGUGGUCCAGACGAUGCAAAAGAAAUCAUGCGACAUAGCUUUUUUGCUGGAAUCAACUGGCAGGAUGUAUACGACAAAAAGCUUAUACCUCCAUUUAAGCCUCAGGUGUCUUCAGAGACGGAUACAAGGUAUUUUGACGAAGAAUUUACAGCACAGACUAUUACAAUAACUCCUCCAGAAAAAUUUGACGAAGAUGGGAUGGACUGCAUGGAUAAUGAGCGACGGCCGCACUUCCCUCAGUUCUCGUACUCUGCCAGUGGACGGGAGUAAGAGCCACCUGCAACUGGACUGCUUCUCUGCCAUGGCUGGUAGUCAUGGGAAACUGGUCUUCAGCAUCAAGCACCAGAUCCUAGCUCUCUCUGAGGUUACCACCUAGUUAGGGUUUCUGGG